AUGGCUCAGUUUUGGAGAGAGAAAGCAAAGCUUCAGGUGCGACACUCUUGGGAGCGGAAGGGAAGGUCAGUGGCCUGGACCAACGUGGAGAUGCGGUGUUUGCUGCUCUGCGGGGUGUCCAUCGCGCUUCCAUGGUACAUCAGAGCAGAUACGUGCAAGGACAUUGGUAUGCAAGACGAGACGCCUUCCAUUGGCCAGCCCUUUGCUUUCAACUGCACUUACCCUCCCAUAACAUUUGGGAACGUGAAUGUACUGUGGUAUAGAAAUUCUAGCAAAAUCCCAGUGUCCCAAAACACAGAUUCUCGAGUUCACCAGGACCAGACCUGGAUUUUGUUUCUCCCUUUGACAUGGGAGGACUCGGGCAUCUACCAGUGUGUCAUAGAGGAAACAGACAGCUGCUAUCAAAUACACAUAAACCUAACAGUUCUGGAAAGAUAUUGGUGUGACACUUCCAGAAGGAAUGUACCUACUUUAUCAGAUGAGUACAAACAAAUAUUGCAUGUUGGACAAGAUGAGAGUUUGACCUGUCACCUGUACUUUCCCAAGAGCUGUGUUUUGGAUUUAAUAACAUGGUAUAAGGACUGUGAAAGGAUCGAGACGGACCGGUUUACUUCUUUUGGAUCCAAACUUUUUGUGAGCAAUGUGUCAGCAGAGGAUAGGGGGAGCUACGCAUGUACAGCAAGACUGACACAUCUGGGGAAAGAGUACAAUAUAUUAAAUGUCAUCACUGUAAGCACCAAAAGAAUUGGAAAUGGAGGAAGAAUCCCUAAAAUCAUUUAUCCAAAAAACAAUUCAAUUGAAGUAGAACUUGGCUCCCUGCUCAUUGUGGACUGUAAUAUAACGGACACAAAGGAAAACACAAACCUGCGAUGCUGGAGGGUCAAUGACACGUGGGUAGACGAUUACUACAGCGAAUCCAAGCGCGUCAGGGAAGGAAUUGAAGUCACUGUUCCCUUUGAAGAGUAUAUCUUCUACACAAUGAACAUCACUUUCUUAGAGGUGAAAAUGGAAGAUUACGGCCUCCCCUUCACAUGCCAUGCUGGAGUGUCUGCAGCAUAUAUUAUGUUAACACUUCCAGCCCCAGAUUUCUGAGCGUACUUGAUAGGAGGGCUUGUGGCCUCGACAGUGGUGAUUUUGUCUCUUGUGUGUACCUACAACAUCUUUAAGAUCGACAUAGUACUUUGGUACAGAAGUGCCUUCCAUUCUGAGCGGGCUCCUGAAGACGGAAAGUUGUAUGAUGCCUACGUCUUAUACCCCAAGAUACCAAAAGACAGCCAGAGCCAUGAUUUGGACACCUUGGUGCUGAAGAUCCUUCCUGAAGUGCUGGAGAGACAGUGUGGCUAUAAGCUAUUUAUAUUUGGCAGAGAUGAAUUCCCCGGACAAGCUGUGGCCAAUGUCAUUGAUGAAAAUGUUCAACUCUGCAGGAGGCUGAUGGUCAUUGUUGUCCCUGAGUCUCCAAGCUUUAGCAUGCUAAAGAACAUGUCGGAAGCACAGAUCGCAGUCUACAAUGCCCUGAUCCAGGAUGGGAUGAAGGUCAUUUUGAUUGAGCUGGAGAGAAUUGAGGACUACUCCACCAUGCCCGAGUCGAUUCAGUACAUCAAACAGAAGCACGGGGCCAUCCAGUGGAGGGGGUGUCUCACAGAACAGUCACAGACAGCCAAGGCUAAGUUUUGGAAGAAAGUGAGGUACCACAUGCCACCCAGAAGGUACCCCCCAUCUCCUCCUGUCCAGCUGCUGAAGCACGUCCCUUGCGACUGUGCACCUGGCAGGUUGGAGACCAAUGUGGAGCUCAUCACCCAUUGACAGAUAGCUCAUCAUCAACAGGAGGCCCACAGCUGGGCCAAGAUGCAUUUCAUUAGCCCUGUCUGACCUUGAAUCUUACAGUUGGUUAUGUGCUUGUGCGAUGGCUUGUGUUCCUUGUUUUGGUCAAAGCUGUCUCUUUAGAGAAAGAUUUCGCCUCUUAGGCACUCG